GGCCGGAAACGGGGCGGCGAGGAGGCGGCGAGGCGCUUGACGAGCCGCUGACGGGUUUUGCCGCCGUCGCCUGGAGGGCAACGACCGGAGUCGGGAACCCCUCCCCGCCUCCCUUCUCCAGUCGCCCGCUUGUCAUCGCCCUCUCUCCUUCCUUCCCUCCCUCAGCCGGCCCCGCUCCCCGGGGCUGCAGGAUGAAGGGGCAGAGCCGGGGCGGCCGGGGGCGCCGGUCGGAGCCUGAGGCGCCAUGACCGGGGAGAAAAAGAAGAAGAAGCGGCUCAACCGCAGCGUCUUGCUGGCCAAGAAGAUCAUCACCAAGGAUGGAGGCGCCCGCCAAGGCAUCGGAGAGCCCAGCGUAUAUCAUGCCGUGGUCGUGAUCUUUCUGGAAUUCUUUGCCUGGGGCUUGCUCACGACGCCCAUGCUGACGGUCUUACACCAGACGUUCCCACAACACACAUUCCUGAUGAAUGGCCUGAUCCAUGGAGUCAAGGGUCUGCUGUCUUUUUUAAGCGCCCCUCUGAUUGGUGCUCUCUCUGACGUCUGGGGCAGGAAGUCCUUCCUCCUCCUCACUGUGUUCUUCACCUGCGCGCCAAUCCCACUCAUGAAGAUAAGCCCAUGGUGGUACUUCGCCGUCAUCUCCAUGUCCGGUGUGUUUGCCGUCACCUUCUCCGUGAUCUUUGCCUACGUAGCAGAUAUCACCCAGGAGCACGAGCGCAGCACGGCCUACGGCCUGGUUUCUGCCACCUUUGCCGCCAGCCUCGUGACCAGCCCGGCCAUCGGGGCCUAUCUCUCUCGCGCUUACGGCGACACGUUGGUGGUGGUGCUGGCCUCGGGGGUGGCCCUGCUGGACAUCGGCUUCAUCCUUUUCGCCGUGCCCGAGUCACUGCCCGAGGAGAUGCGGCCAGUGUCCUGGGGAGCCCCCAUUUCCUGGGAACAGGCCGAUCCUUUUGCCUCUCUCCGCAAAGUGGGCCAGGAUUCCACAGUGCUUCUCAUCUGCAUCACUGUUUUUCUUUCCUACCUCCCUGAAGCCGGCCAGUACUCCAGCUUCUUCCUCUACCUACGCCAGGUGAUUGGCUUUUCGUCGGAGACAGUGGCGGCCUUCAUCGGUGUGGUGGGGAUCCUUUCCAUCUUGGCUCAAACAGUGGUGCUGGGGAUCCUCAUGCGCUCCAUAGGAAACAAGAACACUAUCCUCCUGGGCCUGGGCUUCCAGAUCCUGCAGCUCGCCUGGUACGGCUUCGGCUCGCAGCCUUGGAUGAUGUGGGCCGCUGGAGCGGUGGCGGCCAUGUCCAGCAUCACCUUCCCCGCCGUCAGUGCCAUGGUGUCCCGGAACGCAGACCCUGACCAGCAAGGUGUGGUUCAGGGGAUGAUCACAGGUAUCCGGGGUCUGUGCAACGGGCUGGGGCCGGCCCUCUACGGCUUCGUCUUCUACCUGUUCCACGUGGAGCUGAACGAGAUGGUGGAGGUGGACACCUUGGACAAGGCCACCAAGCCCAACAUGGCCAACCCUUCGGAUGAGCGGAGCAUCAUCCCGGGCCCCCCCUUCCUUUUUGGAGCAUGCUCGGUCCUGCUGUCCCUCCUAGUGGCCUUGUUCAUCCCAGAGCACAACAACCUCAUGUUACGACCGGGCAGCCACAAGAAACACAGCAAUGGCGCCCAGAGCCAUACACAUAGCCCCCAAGCAGGUGGCUCGGAAGGGAAGGAGCCCCUCUUGGAGGAUAGCAGUGUAUGACGGGGAAGGGGUGGGGGAAACGAUCCAUCCCCACCCCACCACCCCACGGAGCUCCUUGACGCAAAGGAAGGACUGUCCCGGUGGGGGUAGGGUGGGCGGGAAGGGCAUCCGUUG